AUGGAUAUUGUUAGGUAAAUUAUAAACAACGAAGGAACAAGUAAAGUAAAGCUCUUUAUAUACUUGGUUGGUUUGUUGUAUGUUUUAAAUAAAUCCAAGUAGUUGACUCUCUUUCUCUUCAAAGUUUUCUUAAGAAAACAAAAAAAUUUUGCUAAGAGAUAUGGAGAAGGUUCUUAUGCUUUUAUUACUGGAUCAUCCGAUGGUAUUGGCAAAUAAUUUGCAAUUGAGAUGAUUAAGAAUAAUAUGGGCGUUGUCCUUGUAGCAAGAAACAAAGAAAAAUUAGAAUCUGUUAAGGAAGAAUUACUUGCAAUUAAAUCAGAUGCUAAAAUUCAUAUUGUAGUUGCUGACUUUAAAAAUUCUAACAAUCCUGAAUUUUUUAAGAGUAUUAUGGAUUAAGUUAAGGGUUUAGAUAUCUCAAUUUUAAUAAAUAAUGUUGGUAUGGAUUAUUUCAAUCAUUUUGAUAAAAUUGAUGAUACAACUAUCCUUGAUCACAUUAAAGUUAACUGCUUACCUAUGACUUUCUUGUGUCGCCAUUUUAUUCCUCUAUUUAAGGAGCGUUUGGCAAAGCAAAAAAAGAAAUCAGCAAUUUUAAAUGUUGGUUCCUUCGCUGGCGUUUUACCAUGUAUUUACUUCAAUGUCUAUGGAGCAACAAAAGCUUAUGUAAAUGUCUUUACUCGCACAUUAGUUUCUGAAUUCCCUGAAAUAGAUAUUAUGUGCUUAAAUCCUAGUGAAGUUAGCACUCCUAUGAUUGGUAACAGACCUCCUGAUGUUAUGACUAUCACUAGUAACUCUUGUGCUAGAUGGGCCCUCAAAGAUCUUGGAUAUGAAAGUGUUACUGCUGGACACUGGAAUCACAAAAUCUAAACUGAGCUUUACCUUUCAAUCCCUUAUUUUAUUUACAACUAUAUUAACAAAAACUUUGUUGCUCCUGAAUGGUUCAAAGAAAGAGAACAAUUCUACAAUAAAAGAAAGUGA